AUGUCAAAAGACGAAGCAGUAACUGCGACUUUAAAAUAGCGCUUAUCUGCAAUUCAGGACAAGGACAUCUACUUUGAAGACAGGGACUCAUUUAGUGAAGAUGGGAAAUACGGAGAAUAUGUCCAAAAACAGAAUAAAGAAAUUAUGAAAAAGGUUUAGGAACUUUUGAAUGAUGGAUAGUCCACAGUGAAUUAGCAGGAGGAAUAAAGUUUUGCUGUUAUGAAUGAGAAUCAGAAACAAGAAAUUUUAGAAGACUUAGAAGAAGAAUUUGGUUAGUCAUAUGUAGAAGCGAAGGUGAAAGUGAACACUUACAUAAAGCUGAUUCCUAAAAAUGAAUUACAAUUGGCAUACAUUUAUAGUGACAAAUAUCCAAUGUUGGCCAUUCGAAAGUAGAUUUUAAUAUUUACAAAACUGAUAUCAUCUUACGCCUAAUUAAUUACUACUCACCCCCUGUUUGAGUUAAUGACAUUGUUAAUGAUCAUUUUCAACUCAGCCAUGCUUGCUCUGGAUGAUCCAACCACUGACGUUUAAACAUCUUUCUAAGAUUUAACAGAUAUCAUUUUUUUAGCCUAUUACACAGCUGAGGCAGUCUUGAAAAUAGUAGCAUUGGGAUUUAUAUUUCCUAAAAAAGCCUAUUUGAAAGACACAUGGAAUAUUUUAGAUUUUUCAGUGAUUGUAACUGCCUACAUUCCUUAUUUUUUGGCAUCCAAUUCAGUAAAUCUGAAUGCUUUGAGAUCCUUUAGAGUGUUGAGACCCCUAAGAACCGUGUCUUCAAUAAAGGCGCUCAGAACUAUUUUGUUAGCAUUAUUUGCAUCUAUAGCUCAAUUGAGAGAUGCAGUAGUGGUUCUGAUAUUCUUUUAUUCAAUAUUUGCAAUAGCAGGAGUCUCUUUAUUUUCUGGAUAUUUGAAAAGAAGAUGCAUAGGUGAAAUGAGUGGAAUCACAUGGAUUUCUGAUGAAAUAUUAUUCUGUGCUGAUGAUAAUAAUUGCCCAUUUCCAGAAGACACCAUAUAUAAUGAAAAUUUUAUUUGUGGGAAACAAAUAGCGAAUCCAUAGAACGAUUUGGUCAAUUUCGAUACAUUUGGUUAUUCAUUCUUAUAGGUUUUCAUAAUAACUACAUUGGAAGGAUGGACAUAGAUUUAAACAGCAGUUAUGCUCACGUUUUCUCAAUACGUUGUUUUAUAUUUUAUUAUUGUUGUUAUUGUUGGAGCCUUCUUUUUGGUCAAUCUUACAUUGGCCAUUAUCAAAUUAAAUUUCAAGCCUGAAAAAAUUCAGGAAGAAUUGGCUUAAAUUAAGGAGGAGAUUGAAGAAUACGAUUAUAGACAACUUAGACAAUUAAAAUUAUAUGAACCAGAAAGGUAUAUAGUAGAUACUAAGGGUUAUGGUACCACCUGGGAUAAGCAUCAUGAUUUCGAUCAAAAUGCAAUUAUGAAGCGAAGAGAUAAUUCUAGAGGAGGAGCUUCUUAGUUAAAUAUGAUUAAAUAGAAUAACUUGAAGAGGUUGAGAGGAAAAAAUAAGGUAAGUUUUCAACCAAUUAAAUCUGCAGUGUAUUAUAGUAAUCCAAUUGUAUUGAAAAAUAAAUAAUUAAAAAUUGAAGGAAUUUAUGGGAUGGGUAAUCAGAGUAAAUUAAAUCAAUAACAUUAAGGAACUACCUAAAAUAAUAAUAAUAAUAGAUCUAGUGUAGUAAGAAGAAGCAGUCAAAGUAGUAACAAUGAUGAUAGAACAUCUUCUAAAAAAGAAGAAAAAAACAAUAGCAAUAGUAAUAACAACAACAAUGAGAAUGAAAGUCUAAGUAGACCCACAAGAUUUGCCCCAAGAAAAAGUAUGCAAUUUGGUGAACAACAAAUAAGUUCAGAAUUUCUGAAUUCUCCUAUGAUGGAUUAAUUGACUGAGAAUAUUCGACCAUUAAAUGGAGGCACCAUGCUUGUUCAUCACAGAGGCUCUAUGGAAAGUAGUAAGAGUGGUGAAUCAAGACCAGACAAAACUCCAAUAAAUAAUCAACUUGAAAUACCUAGAUUGGGAGAGAUUAGACAACAGUCUUAGAAUGUGAAAUCUAAUUAGAAGUUUAGCUUAGUUGCUGGUAUGAAAUAUUAGAAGCCUCCAAGAAAUUCCCCUAAACCUGAUUCAUAGAAGUCUUUGGAUUAGAAUGAAUUUGACAGUGUAAAUUUGAGUGAGUUGAAUACAAUAUCAGAUGAUGAUCUUGAUAGAAGAUUAGAAGAAAUGGACAUAUUCGUUUAGGAUAAGAAUGGAGAUUCAGAGAGUGAAACCAAAAAGAAGUAAAAUUAGAAGGAAAUGAUUAGAUAAAAAAGAAUGGAAAAUAGGAGAUUAAGAGAUUUAAAUAAGAAUACUUAAUAACAUUUAGAUGAUACAUCACUGAAAUUGAAAUCCAAACUUUUUAAAACAAAGUUUUAUCCCAUCAUAGCAAUUGAUUAAGAUUUUUUUAGUGUAAAUGAUGUUCUUGUUUCCAGGAUGCUAUUACAAUUAGAAAAGGAAAAACUGGAGCAAGAAGAGAAAAUUAAGGAAAUGGAUAUUAAAAUUACAUAUUGCUUUAAAAAUUCUAAAUAAUCUUUGGAAUUGAAAAAAUCAAGUUCUGGCAAAAUUAAAAGUAUGACUAAAUCAGGCUAUUUAAAAUCUGGAUUGAAAUCUAAGAAAAACAACUUAAGUUUAAGAAGAGUGUAACCAAUUAUGGAUGAACUACAUCCAUUUGAAGAUCUACAGUUUCCGACAGACAAGAACUUUGAGAAUUAAGAGGAUUAAAAUCAGGAAAAUGUAAAUGAAAACUCUGAUUCUGAUGAUGAACCUGAAGAGAAUAAUGAAAAAAAUAAUAAUUUUAAUGGGAGUGCAAGUUAAAAAAUUAAAGUAAAAAAGAAAAAAAAAGAUUAAGAGUAAAAUGAUAAAUUAGAUUUUGAAUAAAUGGGUGAAAAGUUUAUCGAAAGUUCUGAUUGCAUAGUUGAUUUAAAUAGAAUUCAUGCUGUUGAAAUUGAAAAACAAUUCAAUUAACAGGAAUUGGCACUUAUUCCAGCAUGGGAACUUGAAUAGCAAAAAGGCGUUUUCUAUUAAGAAUAUUAAGAUAUUAAAUAAAAAGAUAUUGAAGAAAGCAAAGGAUCAAUUACUGCAUAGGCAUCUAUUGAAGAUGUAUUAUUAAUUGCUGAUUACACGUUUUAUGAUUAAAAAUUUGCAAAAUAAAUGAACUCAGUGAUGAAAGCUCUAAAUUAUUCAAGAAGAGAAACCUUUAUUUACCUAUAAGGAUUUAUUGGAUUUUUAAGAGUGUGUUAAAACCAUUUGUUAUAUUUUGUUUAAUCUAGCUAUUUUGAAGCUGCAAUGAAUUUAGCAGUUGCAUUAAACACUGUAAUUUUAGCUUUAGAUGGUCUACUGCCAGAUAGCAGUGCAAAUACUUUGAAUUAAUUCAAUUUAGGAUUCACUAUCUUAUUUACUAUUGAAUUAGGAUUAAAAUUAAUAGGAAUGGGACCAAAAAAUUAUAUUUCUGAUACUAUGAAUAUUUUUGAUGCCAUAAUAGUAGCAUUGAGUUUAGUAGAACUAUUUUUUCUAGGAGGAGGAACAAGUGGGAAAUCAUCAUUGUCAGCCUUUAGAUCUGUAAGAAUAUUCAGAGCAUUCAGAGUGUUGAGAGUGACUAAAUUGAUGAGAAGUUUACAAUUUAUGGGUUUCUUAAUAAAAGUAUUGGGAAAUGCAUUUCAAUCUUUUAUGUACAUAAUGGUUUUGCUUGUGCUUUUUAUUUUCAUUUUCACAUUGCUAGGAAUGGCAUUUUUUGGUGGACAGCUGUCUAAAACUCCAAGUAGAUAGAGUUAUGAUGAUAUUCAAAGUGCCUUUUUAGUAGUAUUUUAAGUGCUCACAUUGGAGAAUUGGAACAGUAUAUUAUGGGACUUGUUGAUUUAAGAUGUUUCUGCAUUUAUUACAGUUCCUUAUUUAGUAUUUUGGAUUAUGAUAGGAAAUUAUGUCUUUUUGAAUCUGUUUCUGGCUAUUUUACUAGAAAAUUUUGAGGAGGAAUACAAGAAUGAUAAAGCAGGUCUCGACACUAAUAUUGAGAUUGGAUAGGAUUCUAUCAUGGACAAUACAACCUAAGCUGUUAAUUCGACUAGCACUUUGAAAUCUUAAAUGAAAACAAAAAAGGCGACUGUUGCUAAAAAUUUAGAAAAUAAUGAAGAUCCUGAAUCGAAGAAGCAUAAGUAAUUAUAAUAAGUAUUCCAAUAUUUUGUUGAACCAGGAAUCUGUUAAUUCUCAUUAUAUAUGUUCUCUUAGGAAAAUAUAAUUCGAAGAAUAUGCUAUAGAAUAGUAAAGGAUGAUAAAUUUGAAACUCUUAUUUUCUUUAUGAUAUUUCUCACAUCGACCAAAUUAGUUUUUGAUACAUACAUUCCUGACACUGGAUAAUUAAAAGAAACAUCAUUGUAGAUUGAUAUCUUUUUUGCUGUGUUUUUUGGAGUUGAAAUGAUUAUGAAAAUAAUUGCUUUUGGAUUUGUGCAGCAAGAGAGUUCUUAUUUAAGAGAAUCAUGGAACAUAUUAGAUUUCUUCAUUGUGAUAGCAUCAUUUAUUGAUGUAAGUGUUUCAACAAUCAAUCUGAGUUUUGUGAAGAUCUUGAGAUUGCUUAGAACACUAAGACCAUUAAGGUUCAUCACUCAUAAUAGAUCAAUGAAAAUUUUGGUGUCAGCAUUAUUAUAAUCAAUUAAUGGUAUAUUCAAUGUGGCCAUAGUUGUGAUAUUGGUUUGGAUGAUGUUUGCAAUUCUUGGUAUAAAUUUAGAGAAAAACAAAAUGCAUUAUUGUGAUACAGGAGAUGAUGAAAUAUGGUAUCAUUAUGGACCAGAGGAGUGCGCAUAACAUGGUGGUGUUUGGGCAAAUCGAAAAGUUAACUUUGAUAACAUAUUGAAUGGGAUGUUGUCUUUAUUCAUAUUAUCAACAUUGGAAGGAUGGCCAGAUCAAAUGUAUUGGUUUAUUGAUGCAGAUGAAUCAGGACCAAUCAAGGGUGCUCAAUUAUAGUUUUCUUGGUAUUUCAUUGUAUUUAUUUUGGUUGGUUCCAUAUUACUGAUGAAUCUGUUUAUUGGUGUUAUAUUGGUCAAUUACCAUUUAGCAGAAGAAGCUUCAAGAGAUAAGAUAUUAACACAACCACAAGUAGAUUGGAUCGAAUUGUAAAAAUUGAUUGUUCAUGCUAAUCCAAACUUGGCUAUGUUUUUUAGUCCUGAGAAUCCGUUUAGAGCCAAAGUGUUUAUCAUUAUUAAACAUCGGUACUUUGAUCCAACUAUUCUAAUGAUUAUUGUAUGCAAUAUAGUAACUAUGGGGUUAUCUCAAGAUGAUUCUCCAUUGCCUAUGAUAGUAUAUUGCAAUCUCUUAAUACUGCAUUCACUUUUGUAUUCAUCACUGAAGCACUCCUGA